AUGAAUGUUUUAUUCUUUGCUUGCAAGUGAACGCAAUUUAAUGGAUCCUUGGAAUUUCUCAAUAAACAUUAUGAUUACUUAUUUGACAAUGACAUGCUAACAGUAUAUCAUUACUUUAGUUAAACACCAAUAAUUAAUUACGUUUAAGCAAAUCAAAACGUUUCUAUGGCUAAAACAUUCUGUAAUGUUAUAUUUUCAAAGUUCAAACUAACAUGGACUUAUCGCACCCUCCAAUAAGAAUUCAUUUAAUUAUGUAAAAUCUAGUUUUGAUGAUUAAAAACGGGAUUAGUAAAUAUUUAAAUUUAUUCAUAAACAUUCUAAAUUUAGUUUAAGAAUUCAAUUAUCUGAAACUAUGAUAAAUUCAAGAUAAUCAUCAUCGUUUAUAAGGUGGGGGCAACACGCGCCAAAACUAGCGUCGGUCGAAACAUUGAAUGUCCAGAACACAUGUAAUAAAAGGCAAACAGUAUAGUUAAAUGUAAGAUUUGGUAAGUACUUCUCUCAUCAUAUGAAAAGCUAAAACAAAGAAAGAAAGAAAGUAGAGAGAUCCACCUCGAACUCCUCUCCAUCUCCUCUCUCAAUCAUCAUCAUCAGAUAGAUAGAUAAAAUGAGAGAAGACGAUUCCGACUGGUUCUCAAGAUGGGAACAAGACCUCCCCUCUCCCGACGAGCUCAUCCCCUUGUCUCAAUCCCUCAUCUCUCCCGAUCUCGCUCUCGCCUUCGACAUCCGCAGCCCCGGUCAGCAACCUCACCACCACCACCCAUCCACCCCCCAAGCCAACUCCUCCGCGGAAUUCGCGGCGGAUUCAUCAGAUCUCGGCGGCGCCGGAGACGAGCCGGCGCGGACCCUGAAGAGGCCUCGCCUCGUGUGGACGCCGCAGCUGCACAAACGCUUCGUCGACGCGGUGGCGCAUCUCGGGAUCAAGAACGCCGUUCCCAAGACGAUUAUGCAGCUCAUGAGCGUCGACGGGCUGACGAGAGAGAACGUCGCGAGCCAUCUGCAGAAGUAUAGGCUUUACCUCAAGAGGAUGCAGGGAGGAGGGCUGUCUUCCGGCGGCGGAGGCGGAUCGGAUCCGGCGACGGAUCGGCUCUUCGCGAGCUCUCCCGUGCCGGCUCAUUUCCUUCACCCGAACCGCUCCGACCAUUUCAUGCCGUCUUUUGUCCCAAUCGCGACGCUUCAGCAGCAGCAGCAAAUGGUUGCAGCCGCAGCCGCUAAUUCUCAUCUGCAACCGCCUCAGUUCCACCACCGUAGUCAAAUCGCGGCGGGGCAUUUCGGAACGCCGACGGCGAAUGGGAAGUUCGAUGCGUCGUUCUUGGCGAGGCAAACGCAAACGCAAACGCAAACGCAGCAGAGAAUGUCUACACCAACGUUGCAUAGUCCCGUUAGUAAUUACGUUGAGGAUUUGGAAUCUGCAAACGCUAUUGGAGGAAGAACGGUCUUGACUUUAUUCCCAACUCGAGAGGAUUAAAAUUUGGAAUCGAAUAAUCUUGUCUUCAAGAAACAUUGAGACAAGUUCUAUGCAGUGAUUAUCAGUUUAACAUUGAUAGUUGAUAGUUAAUUACAAUCCGUCGUGUGUUCCAGUUCUGCUUGUAGUUAUCAUUGUGGAGAUAAGUUCUUGUACAUUUAGUACGGACACACUCGAGGUUGGAAAAAAAAAACGAUCUUUGAUUAGAAAGUUUACUUCACAAUGUUCUUUGCUUCCCAUUUUCUUGCCUUUUGUUUCAUUUGGAUUUGUUCUCAUAAAAGUACGUUACAGCAACCAAAACUGUUCAUAGCUUAUUUUUUUACUUUGCGUCA